UGUUGUCCCCAGCGGCGGCGGAGUCUGAGCCUUAGAUGGGACAGCCCCACAGGCAGACUCAACCUCUCUCUGGAGCGCUUCCCCUGUUCGAUGCUCAGAUUCUCCCAGAUUCUCCCCGCGGCGCAGCCUCCCUUCGAUGCCCAGGCUCCUCCGCUGGAUGUACAACCUCAGUUCAGCCGCCAGCCGGCCUGGAAUUUCCAAGCCUCGCCGCCUUGGUACUGGGGGCUGUCUCCUAAUGGUUUCCCUACGUAUCCCACGUCCUACUACUACACUUCGGUUACACAGUCUUAUUUUCCACGAACAUACGAUGCAAAACUCAAUAACUUCAGUUUGCCCCAAAACAGAAAACAGAAAAAGAAGAAAAGAAAGGAACCAGUUUUCCACUUUUUCUGUGAUACCUGUGAUUGUGGCUUUAAAAUUCAAGAAAAAUAUGACAUACACAUAUCUGAACAUACAAAAUGCCCUGAGGUAGAUUGCUCCUUUAGUGCACAUGAGAAGAUUGUCCAGUUCCAUUGGAAGAAUAUGCAUGCUCCUGGUAUGAGGAAGAUCAAGCUAGACACUCCAGAAGAGGCUGCAAGAUGGAGGGAAGAAAGAAGGAAAAAACUACCCCAACUCUGGCCAACAUUGAAAGAAAGAAAAAGUUACAGCUUGAAAAAGAAAAGAGAGGAGAAGUCUUGACAACAACACAGUAUGGCAAAAUGAAAGGCAUGUCCCGACAUUCCCAGAUGGCAAAAAUCAGAAGUCCUGGUAAACAUCAUAGAUGGAAAAAUGGUGGGGCUAGACAGAGAGCAGCCAUUGGCCUGGGCAAUCGUGCCAGAGGUUCUAAGCCUGCAGCUCCAUCCGCCGACCCCCUCGGUACUUUGAUACGCAGUGACUCUGAGUCUGACAAGGAGGAGAAACCACAAAGGACUGUAGUACCUAAGGAGGAGACACCAGCACUGUGUUCACUGAUGAGCAGCUCAGGAAGUGUUUCGGGGUCAGAGAGUGAACUGGAAGAAAUCCCUAUCAAGACUGAAGCAGAUGUUCCUACAGAAAACCAUGUUCUCCAUAGCAGUCCUCCUAAGAGUCCAAGACAAAAUGUUAAAAUAGCUGGUAGAAUUGUCGCAGGAGCCAAGUGGGAGAGCCAGAGGAUGGGUUUCAGGAAGAUAGCCCUUAAGAGGAAAAAAGGUUACUACCACACGCUAUUUGAACCAAGAACACAUCACCCAUACCUCCUGGAAAUGCUUCUGGCUCCAGACAUUCGACAUGAAAGAAAUGUGAUUUUGCAGUGUGUUCGGUACAUCAUAAAAAAAAAAAAAAAAGACUUUCUUGGACUUAAUACUGAUUCUGUGAAAACUGAAGAUGUAAGUGAAGCAUGAAAGAGAGCAGCAUCCUCGAAAGCAGAGAAAACCAAGACCUUUUCAAGACCGAAUCAGUGUGAAACUGUAAGCCUCAUGGCUGUUAGCUUGGAUUUUAAGUCUGACCUUUGGCUUUAUGCAAAUAAAUGCACCGCUGGUCUUUAAAAAAUAAAAUAAAAUAAAAAGUAAAAAAUCUCCAAGCUUUGUGCUUCUUCUUCUUUGGUGUGGGGGCAAAUAGAUCAGUGCCUGGUGGUUUGGGCAAUAAAGUAGUGGUGUUUAUUGUAAACAGUUGUCCAGAAAAAUCCUUCAUACUCUUCUAAAAGUCCUCUGCUUUUUAAGGAAUACGUUGAGCAUUUGGGGGCAUUUUGUGACAAGUGUACAAAACUGUCAUGGACUGGCCCAUCAGGGGUACCAUGACCGUAGGAGAAUCACGGCUUGGGUAGUCAGGAAGGCAAGGAUUCGGUGAAUGACAGACAACACAUUUACAAGUGGUUUGAAUCUGUUGUAAUUUUACUUUUGUAAAUCAGUAGUUUAUAUAUAGAAAAGAAAUCUAUCAAGUCAUACAAGGAACAACGAGAGCUUGGCAAUAAUGUAAUCACAUCAUCUUUAAAAAUAAAAGCAAGCACACAGUUAUUAAUCAGCGCUAGACAUAUCCCUUCACCCAUAAGAACUUUAUGACCCAAAAAGCAGUCUGUGUUUUUUAAACUUAGUACAGUCCCUAGACUUGUGUAGGCUUCUUUGUGGUUGUAGCUGUGUCCUUUAUCUUUAGCUCAGCCGUUUUCUAGUUUAUUAUGUAUCUUUAUUUUUUUUUUUGGUUUUUAUGACCCAUUUAGCCAAUUUGGAUGUUGUAGAUCCUCCCUAAGUCUUUUUUUAGUUUUUUUAUUACAUAUCUCUUUUAAUAUAAAAUCUUUUUAUCUGUUGGAAUAUGGACUCUUAUACUUUUAUGCCUGUAAGGGGAAGGGGUUUGGUUGUAGUCUUUAAGUUUUUCAUGUUGAAUUUUUUUAACAGAGGGGCCCACCAUCUGUCUCCUAUGAGAUAACGGUUUUUUUUUGUUUUGUUUUGUUUUUUUACCAUAAAUCAUUUUAGUUGGGAUUCCUAAAGGAUUCCUAGUGGGUGAGUGUUCAUUCCCUAGAGGUGCCUGAACUAUUAUACUUUUUUUACCUAGUGGCUUGGGGUCUUAAAAAAAUAGUUUAUUUUGUUAUAUUUGAUUAAGAUCUAUGUCCAGCUUCCCCUUUCCUUCAUAGUUCGCAACCCAAGCAUUCAUUAAUUUUGGCUGUGCUUCAUAGAUUAAUUAGAACAUUAUCAGAAAAGCAGUUAUACAGAACCCCAGGGAGCUCAUGAUCCGUGAAGCACGUCUUCUUCGAGAGGGAGGCAUAACACGGGCACUCUGUCAGGGACCUUUAGGGAGCUUAGUCCCGUGGGACACGUAUCUCCCGUCAGCUAUUAUAGACAUAAUUGUUUAUGUCACACGGACGACACUGGAGUUGGUGUGGCACAAAACGUAUUCUUAUUUUAGGUUGUGUCAAUAAUAAGAAAUGGAUCCUGGAAAUGAAAAAUCAGCUCUUUCUUACGGUUAGACCAUGCAACUGGGGUAGAGAGAAAAGUUAUUCCCAGAAUGUUCCCGUCCAUUUACAACAAACUGCUCGGAAACAUCACCCCUUGCAGGAUUCCGUAGGACCGUCCGACAGCUAUGGGCUUGGGGUAUAUAACUCCUUACGGUUCUAACCCUUCUAACCCGUGGCUCCCAUCCCUGCCUCUUGCACCCCUGGGUUCCUUUGUCCAGCGAGGCUCAGGACUGAUACAGUCCCUCAGAUGGCUUGCCAGAUCAAGCCGGGCGGAGUAGCGAGACGCGGCCAUUAGAGGGCAGCACGUGACUAAGGAUUUCCAACCACCGGCUCCUUUCCCUGCUAGCAUUCGCAGGUGGACGUGGACGCUGCUGCUUCUAAUGGCUUCUUCACCCUC